UUGUUAUUUUGUUACUUACUAUAAAAAAUUUACAAUAGUAUUUGUUAUUUUGUGGUCAUUUGAAUGAUGCUGCUUUAUUCCCUGCCUGUUUUAAACAAGGAUAUGUUUUAUUCCAAACACCAUGUAUAAUGUCGAACUGGAUCGCAGUUGGAUGAAUAUAAUACCUACUGAUUAUGAUAAUUACGCGCCUCCACUUGUUGAUGGUAAACCUGUUACUAUUUAUAUCAAUUUGGAAAUCAUGGAUGUGGAUGAAAUACGAGAGCAGACAAUGGACUUUCGUAUGUUCUUCUUUUUGAAUGCGUAUUGGACAGAUCCUAGAUUGAAACUCGAAGUUCUUAAUUUAACACUGUCAAAGAUACUUCCUCCUUCCGCAGAUGACACUCUGUGGGUUCCGGAUUUGAUGUUUGACAACACUAAAUGGGGUUAUCUUUUCCAAUAUUCCAUUCCGAAUACUUUCAUUUUAAUAACUAAGGAUCUUAUCUUUCGAAAAAGCACAAGAUAUAGCUUUCGUGUGGCAUGCCCUAUGGAUUUACAUCGUUAUCCCCUUGAUAUUCAAGACUGCGUAUUUAAAAUUGGUUUGUUAAAAAAUACAGCAGAAAAGGUACGCCUGGAAUGGUGUGAUGUUGACAGUAGUCCAUGUAAGUACUUGGGACCAAGUAUUGCACUAAUGGAAGACAUUCAACCAUUGAAACACGAGAUGAAGGUACCCAAACCUCGUAGCAAAAUCGAAGUUUGGACGACUGGUAAUUACAGUUAUCUGUAUGCGAAAUUUACUUUCAUUCGGCGAUUAACUGGUAGUAUACUCAACGUUUACUUGCCUAGUACUCUAGUAGUAACUAUGUCCUGGCUAUCAUUCUGGUUAGAUGUGAAUGCAGUUCCCGCUCGUGUUACGCUCGGUGUUACCUCUCUUCUUACCAUCAUCACUCAAAUGCUGCAGUCUAGAUCGUACACUCCGCCAGUGGACUAUGUAAAAGCUGUGGAUAUUUGGCUGCUUGCAUGUAUGUUUUUCGUCACAGCUUCGUUGAUAGAAUACGCAUUUGCUCUUCAAUCUGUGGAAUUUAAAGAAAAAGUAAGUUUAAAUGUAUUAGUUAUUUGAGAGAUAUAUCAAAAUGAUUAUGAAAUUGGGCACAAAUUAUUGACAGUAGCGCACAAUAAAGAAAAUUCAGCUCUAAUGUAUGUGCUCAUUGUACCCUACUACUAAUGAGGUAAAAUAAUAAUGCCUGUGCUAUUUGUCGCGAUCUCUAUAUUUUCGUAAAUUGCGGAUUUCAUAUCCAUAUUUAAACAGCAAAGUUUUUCAGAAACACUGCAAAC